ACGCCGUCCCUUCUUUCCCUCUUUUGAAUUUCUGAAAUAAUAACCCACUCUCUACCGCCUCCACCCUCCGCCGUCUACUCUACCCUAUUCCCGGAGACCGGAACCCAGCUGUCUUUCAGUUUCAUAGACCCUAGGUAUGGCGGAGGCUGGAGAUGGUAACAUCAAGGUUGUUGUCCGAUGUAGACCCCUCAAUUCUCGCGAGCUUGCGCGCGGCGCGAAGCCACUUAUCCGCAUGUCUGGCAAUCAGACUUUUCUAGAUCCACCAGAAGCCGGCUCACAACAGGACACCAAACGUGCUACGGAGAGAAAGCCAAUGGCUUUCAGUUUUGACAAGAGCUAUUGGUCAGCAGGGCCGAGAGAUGAACCUGGAUAUUGCUCCCAACAAACACUUUACGAUGACUUGGGAAAGGAAUUAUUGGAUCAUGGAUUUGCAGGGUUCAAUGCAUGUAUCCUAGCUUAUGGACAAACUGGUUCCGGGAAAUCGUAUAGUAUGAUGGGAUACGGUGCUGACAAGGGAAUAAUUCCCUUGACUUGUUCAGAGUUAUUUGUACGAGUCGAUGAACGCAAGGCUGCGGAUCCAAACAUAAACUUCACAGUCGAGGUUUCUUACAUAGAGAUUUACAACGAGAAAGUCCGCGACCUUCUUAAUCCAAAAAACACUGGUAAUUUACGAGUACGAGAACACCCGAGCUUGGGACCCUAUGUAGAGGAUCUUUCGAAGCUCAUGGUCAAUAGUUACGGCGAAAUGAUGACGCUCAUGGACGAAGGGAACAAAGCGCGGACGGUUGCUGCCACUAAUAUGAACGAAACCUCAUCGCGUUCGCAUGCGGUCUUUACUCUUCUCUUGACCAUGAAAAGACAUGAUUCGGGCACGAAUCUUGACACCGAAAAAGUGUCACGCAUUAGCUUGGUGGACUUAGCCGGAUCUGAACGAGCCAACUCGACUGGGGCAACCGGCCAGCGACUGAAGGAAGGAGCCAAUAUUAACAAGUCCCUGACUACCCUUGGAAAGGUUAUCUCCUCCCUCGCUCUGGCAAGUUCUGCAGAUACAAAGAAGGGGAAAAAGGGUAAAAGCGAAGAUUUUGUUCCGUACCGUGAUUCAGUAUUAACCUGGCUGCUGAAAGAUAGUCUUGGAGGGAACUCAAAAACGGCAAUGAUCGCUGCCAUAGCUCCCGCUGACUAUGAAGAGACGUUAAGUACCCUUCGGUAUGCUGACCAAGCAAAGAAGAUCAAGAAUAAAGCAGUGGUUAAUGAGGAUCCAAACGCGAAGCUUGUGCGUGAGUUGAAGGAGGAAUUGGAAAUGCUAAGAGCUCGAGUUUCUGGCUCCAGUGCCGAAGACACAUUUGACCCUAAGGUACCUCCGGAGAAGCAAAAAGUGACCUACCAAACCAAAGACGGUCGAAUCAAAACUGUAACGAAGGCUGAGCUCCAGGAACAGAUGGAGACCAGUGAGAAGCUGAUGCAGAGUUUGAACGAGACUUGGGAACAGAAGAUGGUCAGGACACAAGAGGUACAGAAAGAACGUGAGAAGGCGUUGGAGGAAUUAGGAAUCUCGGUUGAGAAAAACAUGGUCGGUGUCCAUACACCAAAGAAGAUUCCUCAUCUAGUCAAUCUGAAUGAAGAUCCCCUCAUGAGCGAAUGCCUGAUAUACCAGUUGAAGCCGGGGAAGACAGUAGUUGGCCGAUUGGACAGCGAUAAGCCCGCUGCUAUUCGACUUAGUGGUGACAACAUCUUGGAGGAACAUUGUUAUUUCGAAAAUACUGACGGCAAAGUUUUUAUACAUUGCCUACCAGAGAGCGUUACGUUUCUAAAUGGCAAACGCAUGGCACCUGGCCAGUCCCACAAAUUGCGCACAGGGUUUCGUAUCAUACUUGGCGACAAUCAUGUUUUUAGAUUCAACAAUCCUGAGGAAAUCCGGAAGCAGCGCGAUCGAGCGACCAUGAAAUCCAAUCUUCAACUCAGUGUCUCGGCAGGAGAUCUUGUCGCAGCUACGGAGAGCUCCCCUGCCACUCGACCAGAAUCUCCGGCAUCCUCGAUAGAAGCAGAUGAUGUUGACUGGACUUUUGCUCAGAGAGAAGCUGCAUUUGCUCGGCUUGGGUUGGACCCCACACUUGACAGUUUGCCUGAUGACGAUUUAAACAGGCUGUUCGAAAAAGUUACCAAGGCCAAAACUUUUCGCGAGCAUCACCUAAAAUCCCGACCAGAAAGCAGUCUUAGUCAGGCGGAUGAUGUCUGGAGUGAGACCGGGCGUCCGGUCCCCAGCGAAGCAGCUACGGAUGACACCAGUCUAGAGGCGCCCACGAGCCACUACAGUCCUGAGACUGGCAAUGGUGCCCUCAAAGAUGUUCAGGAUCAGUUGGAGAGCCGUCUCGAAGCCAUUACCACAGAGGGGUCAAAGGAGGCCGAAGACCUCAAACUCGAGAAGGAGCAUAUGGAAUAUCAGCUUCGAUUGGUGAGGACGCAAAUGAAGCGUAUGAUUGAGGCGCGGUCGAGAGGAGAGACGGAAUUGGAACAAUUGGAUUUUGAGCCUGUGAUUUACAGCGCUAAACAGCUCCGGCUCAUAAGAAAGGUUCUAGAUAAAUGGAGGGCUCAUCGUUCAUUUUCCAUGGCUGAGGUAGUUCUCUCCAAAGCUGUUUUGAUAAAGGAAGCCAAUGUCAUCAGCAAGGAAUUGGGCAAACAGGUCUCGUACAAUUUUACGGUCUCUUCUGGAGGUCCUCUGGCCGCUCCCGCCUCUUCUGUGGACACAAUAGCUGGAUUGGACCAAUUCGGAGACGUCUCAGACCCUAUUCUCAGGUCUGCUACUCAACCGUCAGUUGCAAUCAAAGUGCUAGAUGGACGGCACAACGCUAUCUAUAUAUGGUCUCUUGACCGGAUGCAACAACACCUUCAACGUAUGCGAAAUAUAACAGCUUAUAUCGACCGUCCGUCCUUUACGCAACAUUUCUCAUCAGAUGAGCCUUUCUACGACUCACCACCUCCUCAGUACUCCUUUAUCGGUAGUGCUUUGAUUUCAUUGGCCCCUAUAUCCCGUUCGUUAUCUUGCACAUAUACAGUACCAAUUUUCUGCAGGUCCACCGCAGAAGCGAUAGGGUCUUGUCGCGUCGAUAUAAAGUUGGUCAACGUUGCCUUUCCUUCUAAGCAUGCAAGCGGGCAACCAAGUGGAUCAACUUCACAAGGUUCAGGUAUCAUUCCGACUGGGAGCAAGUUGUCCUUCUUCUUCACAGUCGAUACAGUCAAAGGAUUAUCACUUCAUGAUUUCUCCGCCGUCCAUCUUCAAGUCCGACUAUCGUCGUUCGUUGGACCCACUCUUUCAGCAGAGGAGGUCUUCCCUUCGACGGCCGUAGACCUAGAAUCAUCCUCCCUGUCAGAAUUAAGGUUUCGCCGAAGCUUUUCUAUUGUCGCAUCUCCCAAGGUUCUCAAUCAUCUACGGCAAGGUUAUGCUCCUAUAGAAUUCUUUGCCGCAGUCACACCGACAUAUUUAGAACGUAUGGAACGCUGGGAUGAAAUGCGGGAACAAAAAGUUUACUUUCCUGGAUCUCAAGAGUCGAGAUUAUCGUCGCCUGACAGUCAAUCUACGAAUACGCCACCUAUGCGCCGCUCCGAAACAGAUUUUGUCGUGGAGCAGAGUCACGAUGUCAUUGUUUGGAUCCAAUUGUGUGAAUUAGCACCAGAUGGUCAGUAUGCUCCCGUGCCCGUACUUUCGCAGGGUACACUUGAUCCAGGUAGUUUCUCUUUGCACCAAGGAUUGCAAAGGCGAAUCGUAAUCUCGCUAUCAUCGAAUUCUGGCCAGCAGUUUCCAUGGUCUGAAUUUACCAAAGUGCGAAUUGGAAAUGUCCGGGUAAUAGAUGCUAAAGGUCGAGUUCAAGAAUCAUCAUCGAAAGCCCUGAUCACGCUUCCUCUGUUACAAGAACAAAAUAUCGAGUUCAAACCAGACGGAACGGGGAGUCUGUCUGGUCAGGCUCUGUGGGAUUCAAGUGUCCACAAUUCUUCGCUCCUAAAUAAAGUGACUCCUAUGAACCAGCGUGUAUUGCUUCAACUUAGUUGUGCUGUUUCUGUUGAAACUUGUGCCGAUCCUGUGCAGUUCAAUGUGGACGUGGCUAUCACCAUCGGUACUCGAGAUGCUCGACCCCCGUCGAGACUCCUCACGUUCUUUGGUUCAAAAAAGAUCCUGUCAAAAUCGAGCCACCUUUUUCGAGUUCGAUUAUCUCCACCCCUCACUCGUUCUGUCAAAGAAUUAUGGCGAUUAGAUACAGCUGAAAAAUAUGUUCGGGGUGAAGAAUCUCUAGGAGCUUGGAGGCCCCGUGGAAUAUCCGUAGUGGAAGAUUAUUUGCGAUUGAUAAUGAUGGAGGAAAAAGCUGCGGACGUUCAAGCUACUCGAGCCAUUUUGACGACGAGUCGUCCGCUGGUGACACAGCCUGACGCUCUUGCUUGGCGCGCAGACGAUCUCGUUCGGAAAGCCCUCGAACUCUGGCAACGUCGAUAUUAUGGCAAUCAUAUACUGAACCAACAAUCGAACGCGGAAGCAGAGUCUGUUUCCGCGAAACACAGUAUUGAUACAGAGUCUUUCAACGAACUUAAAUUCAUAUCCGAAACAAAGAUGAUACCACGCAGUGACAGCGCGACCAAGAAAGGUUAUCUUUUCAUACUUACCGACGCCAGUCAAAACGUGUUCGAGAAGCGAUGGUUUGUUCUUAAAAGACCCUACCUUCAUAUGUAUUCUCAAUCCAAUGAGGUUGACGAAAUUGGUAUCAUAGCUCUCUCAGCUGUCCACGUGGAAAAUGACCCUCACAAGGAGCUUUUACUCGGGAAACCAUUCACAUUCACUCUUUUCACCUCUUCCAAUUCGCAUGCUCUCGCAGCUCCGAAUCUCAAGGAGAAACAUUCUUGGGUCGCCAAACUUGAUCCCACUCAUUUAUCGUCUUGAUGCACUUUUCACACUGAAGCUUUUGAUCAUGUUUUCUUCUACGGCAUGUAUAGAUCGUAAUUUACUUCAACUAUCAUGCAUUUGCUAUCGCCCCUUCAUCGGUUUAUGAGCAUCGUAUACCAUAUCACAUAUAUCUAAGUAUACCAAAGUACUUGUACGAUAGUUAUUACUCGAAUGAGUCGGAUCCAUGAUUAUCAACUG